CGGAGCCGGGGCUGGAGCUCAGGUGGCGGCCAGCAAUGGGAAGUCAGCAGGCGCUUCAGGACUGGAGGAGGUGUCCAGCGGAGGGGGCGAGGCAGUGCAGGUUGCGAGGGGAUUGGGCCUAGGGACUUGCAAACUCCGCACGGGGAGGGGAGGAGCUGGCAAAAAGUGCUGAGCCCGUCCUGCCUCCUUCUCUGGCACGCGUGUGCGCCCUCAGGCUGGAUCCCUUCUCCAGGUAAGGCUGACAGAUGUGGGGACCAGGGCCCCUCCUGGGACCCUCUCGCUUUGCUACCUGCUUUGCCCCGCACCGGCUGGUGAGAGAGGCACCUUCCCGAGAGUCCUUUACCCCCAAAAGUAGGGACAUUGAAAAGCCGUGCCAGGGGCCCUGGCCUGCUCAGUGAAAAGACUAUGCGACUCUCGAUCUCGGGGGCCUUGAGUUCGCGCCUACCUUGGGCGUAGAGAUUGCUAACAAUGAUAAUAAUAAACUUUUUUAACAAAAGGUAGAAAUAACAGUGCCAGGAGGAGAAAAUACAGUCAAGGACGCCAGGCAGUAUUUAAGUACUGCCUUCAAAAGAAUGGUGGGGGAGGUGCAAAUUUACUUGGCAUUUUUGGGGGAGCAAUGGAAUGAGUGAGAGCUUUGAGACCAGGCGGACCUGGAUGUCCCAUGUGUCCUCACUUCCUAGAUGCGAGGCUUUGAACUUAAAUCUCCAACCCAUUUCUUCACAGUAUUCCCCAUAAACUGUAGAAGUAAAGGAAAUAGAUUUAUUUAUUUAAAAAAAAUUUUUUUAACAUUUAUUUAUUAUUGAGAGACAGAGCAUGAGCAGGGGAGGUGCAGAGAGAGGGGGAGACACAGAAUCUGAAACAGGCUCCAGGGUCUGAGCUGGCAGCACGGAGCCCGACACCCGGCUCGAACUCAGAAACCGCGAGAUCAUGACCUGAGCCGAAGUCGGACGCUUAACCGACUGAGCCACCCAGGCGCCCCAGGAAAUGGAUUUAAAGACGACGACGGUUUCGGCCUUUCCUUGAUUGGGAGAAAUGACUGAAUUCUUUCUCAAACGGCAAAAGGAAUAUAUGUUUACUGCCAAAAUGUCUUAGAAAAUCGACCCCAACUAGCACAAAGAAACAACCACCCUCUUUCCUGUGCCUCUGGUUACCUCCUCAGUUGUGGCCCUGGAUCUUUCCCUUCCCUUCUGUCCUCUCCUCAGGUCCUCUCGGACAUUAAUAACUUUGUAUCUUUGCAUACUUCUGUGAUCCUAUAAAUCUAAGCAAACACAGCUAGAGAAGAGCCUUUUUUCCCCCUAUAUGUACAAAAUGGGGUGCUUCUCUACAUAUUAAACCUUAAACUUAAGUUCCGUAUGGUGGACUUUGUUUGAACCCUAGGCACGGAGACAGCUGUGCGGAAGACCAAGCCCUGUUCUGCAGAGAACUUUCUUCCAGGUGAACGGCCUUCACUGGAUAAUCUUUUUAAAGAUAUUUGAGUUUGGGGGAGUCUAGCAGACCUUCAAGAACAAAAAUUACUCUUCAGGAAAAUAAAAACGUGUGCACAAUGUCCCUUAUACAGUCAGAAAUUGAUAGACUUGCAAGGAAGCAGGAAAAUAUCACUCAUAGGGAAAGAAUUCAGUUGAGAGAAACUGACCAGGAAAUGGCUCAGGUAUUAGAUUUAAAAUGCAAAGACAUGUCAGCAGUUGUGCUGAUGAAGUUUAAAGGCUUGAUGGAAAAUCUGGAUUUAAUGGUGGAAGAGAUAAGGGACUCUCUUAAAAAUGACCUAAAGGAAAUUUUAGGAGUAGAAAGUAAAAUACCUGAAGUGAAAAAUCCAAAGAACUCCAGUACCAAAAAGGAGUGCCAACAAAUAAAAGGUUUAGCCACACAAAAUAAAGGAUUGGUAGAAAACAUAGAAGGAGCAAACUCUAAAAUAGUUGAGGAUAUUGAAAAUUUGACUUUUAAAAGAAAAGAAAUAAAUGAGCCAAGGAGCAGAUUAGACAAAGCUGAAGAGUACAGUACUAACCAAGGUAAGGAAUUGUCCUAUGAUGAGCCACAAAAUUACAAAGUCAUGGGAAGUAUGGAAGAAGCCAUAAGCAAUAUAGAUAACACUUGGGGAGAUAGUAGGAUCCAUAUGGAAGUAACAGGAGAGAACAUAGAGAUUGGAGAGGGUGGAGUGGUCAAAGCAAAAAGAGAGGAAAAAAUUCCUCAGAAUUUAAACAAUAAUAAAGUGAAGAUUCUAAAAGCCUCCAGAGAAGAUGAAGGAGCAGUACUUAGGUUGGCAGCAGACUUUUCAUCGGCAACACUGGACAUCAGUAAGCAAUGGAGUAAUGUCUUCAACAUUCUGAGGGAAAAUGAUUUUGAACCUCAAGUUCUAUGUCAAGUUAAAUUAGCAUUUAAGUGUGAUGGUGAAGUAAGGACCUUUUCAGAUAUUCAAAGCCUCAGCAAUUUUACUAGCCAAAAACCAUUUAUGAAAGAAUUACUGAAGGAUAUACUCCCACAAAGUGAAAAAAUAAAGAAAGGAGGAAGAAGAUACAGGAUUCGAGAAAAAGUGGGAAAAACGCUACUAGAUUCAAAGCAUGGAGCUGGGGGGGAAGUUGGUGAUGGCUUGAGCUUUCUAUUUGUUAAAGAGGUUAAGGUUGCUGAGCCACAGGAGGUGAAGAACUUAGAGACCCAGGAGGAAGAAUCUUCAGAGUGGGAGACAGAAGAGGAGGAAGAGGCCUCAGAGCUGGAAGGGGAGGGAGGAGAGACGUCAGAGCUGGAUGAGGAAGAAGAGGCUUCAGGGAUGGAGGAGGAGGGAGAAGAGACCUCAGAGCUGGAUGAGGAAGAAGAGGCUUCAGGGCUGCAGGAGGAAGAAGAAGAGGAGGCUUCAGUAUUAUGUGAGAAACAGGAUUCAACCUUUCAGUGUCAUUCUUUGGUAAAUACAAAAUGUGGAGUUGAGGAAAAAACCAGUAAUGGCUUGGAAAUUGUUUCAAUUAAAGAGGUAGAAGAUUCUGAGCCAGAGGAGGAAGAAGGUUCAGAGUGGGAAAUGGAAGUAGUCCUAUCGUGGGAGGAAGGAGAGAACUCUGAAGUAGAAAAUGUAAAGCCUGCCUCCCCAGUUGAGAGAAAAGAGGCCUCAUAUGGACCUAAAGAAAUUGCCUAUAAUUAUUUGGCUCCCAACUUUGAGAAGGAAAAACUAGCAAAACACCGGAUGUUACAAAAAACCCAGAAUAAAGAAGAAACAGCUACACCUAGAAACCAGGGAGUUGGGACAGUUUGUCCAACUUGGUGUUUUGCCUCUCCCUCAAAAUCACUGGAGAGAAGUUCUGAUGAGCAGAAAAGGCAUUUAUGUACAAAAUCAAGUACUCCAUCAGGAAUCUCCAGAUUUUCAAGGAAAACAGAGAAAGAGAGACAGAAAACUCUACAAACAGGUGAGCAAACAUCUAAAGAAACAGACUUAAUACAAGAGACAGAAGAAAACUUUAGAAGAAGUAUAAUUAACAACUUCAGAGAGAUCCAGGAGGAGGUUGCAAAUAUUAAAAGUUACCUUCCAGAAGUCUUGGAAAUAAAAAACUCAAUAGAUGUUCUCAAUAGCAGAAUAGACCUACUUGAAGAGAGAAUGGACAAUCUAGAAGAUCAUAUUGAAGAAUUCUCUAAGGAUACAAUGCAAAUGGCCAAACAGAUAAUAAAUAGAGAAAGGUCAAGAGACAUAGAAGAUAGAUCCAGAAGCUCCAAUAUCCGCUUGAUAGGAAUUCCAGAAAAAGAUAAUAAAGAAAAUGGAGCAGAGGAAAUAAUGAAGGAACUCGUUGAAGAAAACUUUCCAGAGCUAAAGGAUUCAAGUCUUGAGAUUGUUAGUGCUUACCGAAUACCUAGUAAGAUUGAUGAGAAGAGACUCACUCCUAGACACAUCUUGGUGAAAUUUGGGAAUUCCAAUGAUAAAGAAAAGAUCAUAAAGGCUUCCAGAAAGAGAAGAGAGAUAACCUAUAGAGGAACAAGAAUCAGAUUGACAGCAGACUUAUCAUUGGAUACUCUAGAUGCUAGAAGUAAAUGGAGCAAUAUCAUAAAAGUUCUGCAGGCAAAAGGCUUUACACCUAAAAUCCUAUACCCGGCCAAAUUGGCAUUCAGUUUUGAAGGUAAAACAAAGACAUUUUUUGAUACUGAAGAAUUCACAAAGUUUAUUUCUUGCAUACCCUCGUUGCAAGAAUUACUGGAGGAUCUACCUUAGCAUUCUAGGAUGACUAUAAAUACAUGUACACAAUAUAUAUUACCUUCCUCCCACAGCAAAAAUCAAUAAGGAAAGGUUGAAAAUAAAAUGCCACAUUUCUACCCAGGAGGAUGGACCUCAGUGUAUUUGGGGAGUAGGGGAAGGGAAGGUUACUUUGUUGGCAUUGUUAAAGGGUGUUUUAAAAUGGUGUUAAUCAUUGUAGCCUGCAUAGGAGUAGACUUUUCUAAACUACCGGGGAGAGGGAUGGAAUCUGUUUGUAACCAGAUAGGAAGAGGUGGGGUAAAAGUAAUAGAAAAGCACUGGAAAAAAGAUGACAGGAGAAGUUAAAUAGAAAAAAGAUGGAAAAGUUGAACUUUUAUCUUGAGAAGGAUAUUCAAUUUUAAUGUCAUGAUGUCAAUCUUGAAUCUUUAUAUUAAAUGUUUUUCCUUUGAAUAUGC